GUCAACCGCCUAGCAGUCGCUCAUUGGAUGCUAUGUGGGAUUAUCGUGUCGUUUUUAAGGGUUCUUAAAACUUUUGUUUCAUCGAAAACAUUGUAAAUAUAUUAUUGAAACGACUUGAAAUUCGAAAUAAUUAUUAGUUAACAGUGUUGAAGUGUGUUAUGUAAGUUUGUGUAGGUAUUUUAAAGUGUAACUUAGUGCAUUCUUUGAUGAUUCAUCUGUGAACAAGAAAUUCAGUUUGUGUCAUGGUUGUACAUAUAUUUUAAAUCUUAAGUUAUGUGUACACCUUAUAAGGAAUAUGUUUUGUGAUUUGUUUGGCUGAUUUUUCGUCUUUACUAAAUCCAGUUUGCUGUGAAAUAAGGUGUCUAUCCAGCUCAUGUCUGCACUAUAAAUAAUUAAUAUGAAAAGCGUUUGCAGUUUUCCUGUUUCGUGGUACAUUUAAGAAUUCCGAGAUAGAAAAUGGACACCCGGACGCUUUACUACAUAGCAGCCCUCAGCCUGGGGCUAUCGUUAGUCACAGCAGAUUUCACUGCAAACUGUCCACAAGAAUGCAAAUGUGUCUGGGCGAGCGGAAACAAGCAAGCUGACUGUUCACACUCAAACUUUCAUGACAUACCGAAAACAUUAAGCACAGAGAUACAGAUACUAGACCUGACUAAUAAUGAGCUAUACGAAAUCACGAGGCACGCCUUCGAAGAUGUCCGAUUAAUAAAUCUAAAGAAACUUAUAUUGAAAGAAUGUAAGUUACUAACGAUACACAGAAAUGGACUGAGCGGUCUCGCGAUCAUGAUCGAAUUAGACUUAUCGAAAAACGACCUUAAAACGUUACACGCGGAAACGUUUAAGGAAACAUCGAAAAUAAGGUGGAUCUUGCUCAAUGAUAAUCAAAUCGAGAAGUUAGAAAAUGGCCUAUUUAAUAAUUUACCGUUCCUACAAAAAGUCGAUUUAAGCAACAACCAUCUAGUACAAAUAGGCGUUAAGACCUUUAUGAAUGUGCCAAAGCUUAACAUCCUACGAUUGGAUGGUAAUAAAUUAGAACACCUUAAAAUAGAUACGCUGAGCGCUUUAACGUCAUUAUCUAACCUCGACGUUCACGAUAAUCCCUGGAAAUGUGAUUGCUACUUGCAACCUUUCAGAAAUUGGGUCAUUAGCAAAAACUUCUACACGUCACCGAUAUCAUGUAGCGAACCCGCCAAAGUAAAUGGAAAAUUAUGGAAGGAGCUAGAUUCUAGCGAUUUUGCUUGCAGGCCAAGUAUAAUUUAUCCUUCGACGAAAACAACGUUGCGGUCGUCUGAUACAAAUGUAACUCUCUCUUGCCAAGUUGAUGGCAAUCCUUUGCCAGAAGUGAAUUGGGUGUUAAAUGCUCAAAUAAUUGAUGGCACGUACAGAUAUCAAGGAGAAAUUAAAUAUUUUGUGACGCAGAGUAAUUCAGAAAAUAGUAAAUGGGUAAACCUGACUAUCUUCGAUGCUGGCAGUUCUGAUAAUGGAGAAUAUUUAUGUGUAGCCAAAAAUGCCGGUGGCGUUGAAGAAAGGAGUCUGACUUUGGCCAUAGCUCAUGCUCCUCCCGGAAUCGUUGCACCACCAGGAAUGGAUAACAGCAUGUUACCAGUUUUAAUUGGAAUAUCCUGCACUGCAGCAAUAUUGCUUAUCAUUUUAGUUAUUCUCUGCUAUUAUUGCUGUCGUAGACGUGGUUCAGAGAAAAAGAACGAUAACGUUAAUGGCGAGGCUCUAAUUGAAGGUUCGGUUAUACCAGAAAUGGAGAAAAGUCUGAUCACAGCCGUUAAUCCAGUUACAAAGCCACCUAGAAGAUACGACGCUCCUCUAUCGAUCUCCAGCGCUACUGAAAUGUCGGAACUAAAUAAGACAUUACUUGAUAAUGAUUCUGUUUUCGCUCACAACGAUGACGAAAAAAGAUCGCUAGACUUCGACCAACACACGAAAAGAUCACAAGAUGCUCUGAACGUAGAAUACGGUCGUACUGACGGACGCGCGUAUCCGCCAGACCUCUUAUCUUUCCCUGCGAGAGCCGCGCAAAUUUCUCCUGCAGCGAGCAACGCUUCUACAGUUCCAGACACAAGUAGGCUACAAAUAAACCCAGUUAGCCCAAUCCACUCGCCUAUUUACGGGAUGACCACCAAUCAAAAUCUCUUCAGAACUUUACCGUAUUCCCGAUCACAAUCUCCAUUUACUGCGCCAAUUACACCGCCAGUGGUAACGCCAAGGCAAGGAUAUGUUACAAUACCAAGAAGACCGAGGGUACCAUCCUGGUCAAGCACAGCCAGUACACAAAUACUCCCUAGCGCUGAAGCACAAGAACCACUAUAUGAUAAUCUGGGCCUAAGAACAACUGCAGACGGAAGUUCUGUAUUAUCAUUAAAUAAAGCGGGAUUAGAACAGCAAUUUUCACCGAUGAGGAAUAGACCUCUACCAGCAACACCUACUGUUUACCCUAAUCCACACCCUCCGGUUUACUACGCUCCUAUAGAAGAACAAGAACCGGCUCCUUCACCUGUACCACCACCAUUUACUCCCACUCGAAACAGCAUCAGUUCACAAAUAUCUAAUCAACUCUCCACACCAGGUCCACAAGAACCAGUGAACCAAAGAAUGAGUUGGACAGCAAAAAACACAUCUACACCGCAAACUGAGCCUAGAAAGCAGUUAGUCAACAUGAUGGAUAACAGGAAUGCUGAUGCUCAGUCGCAAAUUUCCGACAACAGUACACUUAGUCGUAAGGGUAAACCAGAAACAGGUUCACUAAGAAGAAAUCCAAGAUCGGAAAAAGAUGAGAUAGGUUCUCCGUCUAGAGAAGAUCCACGUAAAAACGAAAGCAAUGUAUCAUUGAAUCAAUCCGGCACUAUGGGAAGAAGUGGUAAAAUCCCCCCUAGACCACCGCCGAAACCUAAGAAAAAACCUAGCACCGAAGUGAACCCGAACGAACCCUUGUUCGAAGACGAAGGCGAAGACGGCACAGAAGUGUAGUAAACUCGAGAUUGACUGAACAAAAGUGCCAACGAGCUUUUAGUGAUACGGCACAGUGGAGUGAUAUCAGUGAACGAUUUAAAGUGCAAUCGGAUCAUUAUUUUGCGGUGCUCGUGUAAAUAUCUUGUGCUAGAUUUUUUACUGAUGCGUACAAUUGCAUUAUGGACCGUUUCGCGUUGACGUCAUAGAUAGCGUUACAGUCCUGAUUAAGUUAUAACGUUGCGAACUAUUAUACACAUAGGUUAUAUUUUAAGUAUUUAUUAUGUGUGGUUAUAAUUUUAAUAAAACGAAACGGUAGCUUUUCGAUUCGCUUGCCAUUAGUAGGGGCGUCUGUUCAUCGACUUUCAAGACUGAUUAUCCUAAAUUAAUUCUCGCAUUCGACAUUCCUGUUUCGUAUUAAUUCCACAUUAUACCUUUAUAUCGAGCGAUUUCGAAUGAGAUCUCAUUGAAAUUAAAAUCUAAUGGGGAGAUGGAACGGAUUAGCUUUUCAACUGUUGAUUGUGUCAAUAGUUUCCAAAAGCGUUUAUAAUCCUUCGCUCGUUCCAGAAAAAACACGCGUACUCGAAGCGUUCAAAAUUAGAGUAUCCCUUAUUAGUUCAAAAAUCUUUUUUAUGGCGACAUUUUUCGAUAAUUUCCAAUUUUGUGGAUUUUAUAUUUUACUUACACAUACAUUCAUACUUCUGAAAUAUUUAACUUAAUUUCUAAGUUAAUAUAAUUUUAGUUGUUAGCUCUUUUUAAGACUGUGUAUUUUAUCAACAAAUAUUUUACUGUUCA